GGGCUGUGAGUUCCUCCCCAGCAACACAAUCCUGCUUCCCUCUCUCUCUCUCUCUCUCUCUACCCUCUCUUGCUCCAUCUCUACCUCUGGCACUCUCUCUCUCUCUCUCAGUCAAAGGGGGGGAUUCUCCGUAACCAGCUGUAGCUUAAUGUGAUCCUCACUUCUCAUCAUUUUAUUGAUGUUCUCUUGUUUUUUCUCCUAAAUUAAAUCACUGUGCUGCCGAUGUCACAGCUGGCAGUGUUUGGAUGCUACCAAGGUGCACAAAGGGUAGAGAGGGAAUGGAAGAGAACUUUUAAAGCUGUCAGUGUACCUUCCUUUUGAAUCUUUGGAUUGGUUUAUUUGCUGGGGGGAUUGUAGUUGUAGUGGAAGACUCAUUUAGGUUAUUUUACUCCCCUUGAGACUGCUGGACUUUCCUUUUGUUCCACCUGUGUGUGUUUCACCUCUCAAAUACUCUGGGACUUUUAUGGCAAUUUUUGCAUUAAGUGCGAAGUUUGGAGGAGCCAAGUGAGACAAAGCAUGGUUGAUUGGAACCAAAGCUGAGUGCUGAACCCUUCUGUCCUGGGAGGCAGUCCAGAUAUGACCACGGUGUCCAUGGAGCCUGUGGGAGUCCUCGUGGAAAGGGGCGCCAACGCCACCGACGCCCCUCUGAACGGGCAUGAGGACUCAGGUGCCACCUUCACCAUCGGCAUCAUCCUCUCCAUCAUGUGCUUCGUCGGAGUCUCGGGGAACAUCUACACCCUGGUGGUCAUGUGCCACUCCAUGAGGACUGCCGCCUCCAUGUACAUCUACAUCAUAAACCUGGCUCUGGCAGAUCUGCUGUAUCUUCUCACCAUACCCUUCGUCGUCUGCACGCACUUCCUGAAGGGGUGGUAUUUUGGGGACGCAGGGUGCCGGAUUCUGAUCAGCAUGGACUUCCUGACCAUGCACGCCAGCAUCUUCACGCUGACAAUCAUGAGCACGGAGCGUUACUUCGCGGUGCUCAAGCCGCUCGACACGGUCAAGCGGUCGAAAAGUUACCGGAAGGCCAUUGCUCUGCUGGUCUGGGCCGCGUCCCUCAUUCUCACCCUGCCAAUGAUCGUGAGCAUUCAGCUAACGAAGUUGGGCAACAAGGCUAUGUGUCAGCCCACGUUGUCGCCACUCUCCUACAAGGUUUACAUCUCCUUCCUGUUUUGCACCAGCAUCGUCGCUCCGGGACUGAUCAUCGGCUAUCUCUACAUCCAGCUCGCUCGCACUUAUUGGGUCUCACAGACGGAAACCUUCAAACAGACAAAGAAGCUUCCCAAUCAAAAGGUGCUCUACCUGAUCUUCACUAUCGUGCUCCUCUUCUGGGCAUGCUUCCUGCCCUUCUGGAUCUGGCAGCUGCUGUGCCAGUUCCACCCCUCACUGUCCCUCUCCACCAAAGCCAAACGCAACAUCAACUAUCUGACCACGUGUCUGACGUAUUCCAACAGCUGCAUCAACCCGUUUCUGUACACGCUGCUCACUAAGAACUACAAGGAGUACCUGAGAAAGCACAAGCGGUCCUGGACAGCUGGCAGCUACUUCAACAGGAGGAGCCGCUUCCAGCGUUCGCCACGCAGGUCGCCAUCUUCCAGCAGCCAGCAGUGUACUGAGAGCUUUAUGCUCACACACACGGCCUCCCUGCGAGCACAUAACAGCAGUUUGUAAGAUAUGACUGAGCUGUGCUGUGCUGGAAGAGGAAGAAAGGACAGGAAGAACCUGUUGGAGACGACAAACACUAGCAGACCCUGAACUCCUCAUCACCACAACUGAGAGAGAGGAUGCAGAUGGAAGAUGCUUUUGAAUUUUGCAGUUAUGUGUGGACCAGCAGGAACUGAACGGCAAGCCGGCUGCUGCUGCUGUCUGGGACUGCGUACAAAGUAGACACCUUCAUGUCUGUAUUUAUUUGUCACUCCCGGAACUUCCUGUGGUGUGAGGAGAAAGAUUGGCUUCUUACAUUACACAAAACUGAGACUUUAACUUUUCUGCUUUCUCGUAUGUUUAUGGUGCUUUCUGUGACAACAGGCAACAGGGGAGUAACGCUGACACACAAGUGGGGGUAAAGGCAACAUUAUAGAGUCAUCAAUGGUUUGAUUUACAAAUUAUAUCGUAAUGUCAGUCAAGCUGAAGUGGAAAAAAAAAAAAAAAAAUUCUGGCAUGUGAUAUUCAAUGACAGAUGAAUAUGCUUUAGCUGUAGCCAUAAGACUGAUUUUGGAGGACUUCUGGAAUGUUUAUAUUUUAACGGUAAGGCUGUGUUCAGACAGAGAACAGCCCUGCAAGAAAAAAACAACUCGUUAAGGUGUAUAAAUAGCACAACAUUUCAAGGGCAUUUCGCGUGUCAUAACAUAUUAUAGGCUUUUCGCAUGCUAUUUAAACGCCACGAGCUUAACGUUGUUAAACAGAUUUUCACGUGUCAUUUGACGCCACAACGUUGCCAUGAAAUGGUCGCGGUUAUGUUUAAGCAACAAAACUACGGCAAUUGCCGCAGUUCACUUAGUUGGGUUUAGGAAAACAUCAUGGUUAGGCUUAAAUGUAAACAACAUAAUAUAAGUACUGAAAAAACUUAAAAAUAACUCACAGUUUUGGACACGAACACCAGUUUCCUAGUUGAAAAUCCUGUAUUUGUUGGACCCAUGGUUGGGCUUAAAAAAAGUACGUAAAUACACAAGUAAACAACAUAACAUAAAUACGGAAAACAUAUUAAAAAACGUCAUGAACGUAAAAUCAAAAUAACUCAACACUUUGGGACAUGAACACCAGUCUCGUGGUUGAAAGGCCUGUAUUUGUUAGACCCAUCCACCUCCCGUCCGAUCCACCAUAACCAGCCUCUCUCACUUUUUUAUUCUACGUCACUAGCUCUGAGCGUAGCAUAUUCAUACAAAUUUGUUUGCAUUGCACUGUUUCUCAAACUGAACUUUUCUGGUUUGCAUCAUCUGGUACUUCAAGCAACGUGCCACACAUGCCAACACAGUGCUGUUUUCGGUCUGAACACCCAGUUAGCCUGACGAUAUUAUGUAUUUUUCUUGUUGUCAACAAAUCCCAUGAAAAGUCCAAAACCAACAGUGAAUGGAUCCCACUAACAAGUGUUACCCGUGUUGCCAAAGCCUGAUAUGUCUUCCCUCGGUGCUAUAGACCUCAAUCAUUGUCUAACAAGAGACUACAGCCACGCUAGCAGGUAUGAAGGCUGUAGCUUUGAGCUAAAUGCUAAUCUCAGCAAGCUAACACGCUCACUAUGACGAGGCUAACAUGCUUACCAGGUAGAAUUUUUGAUGUCAUGCCAUUGUUUCGUCGGUCCACUAUUCCAAAAACCCCAAUAGUCCAAAAAAUGUCCCAACAGCCCGUUAUCCCGAACAGAAGCACAUGGCUAAUUAUUAUAAAAAAUUACAUCAUCGGAUCUGACCGGUAACAAUAAUUUUUUUUUCCUACCAUGGCAUAAGGCAUGACCCGCCCUACUCUGUCUCUUGUUUUCUCUGAUAUUCUUGACCUACACCUAACUUCUCAUGCCUAAACCUAACCAACAAGUUCAACCAAUGAAGGCAUUCAUGGCAACAAGACCGGGAAGGUGAAAUGAUGUCAUUCUGCAUGUUAAUUAGCCAUGUGCUUCUGUUUGUUGGAACAAUGGGCUGUCGGAACAAUGGGCUGUCCCCCUAAUUUUUAACAUGUUCUUCAUCUUAGUUUAGCAUGUUAGCAUGCUAACAUAACCUGAUUAGCACUAAACC